AAAAAAACAGAGAGAGAAUAACGGUGAACAACAACAACACAUCAUCCUUUUCAUGGCGGUUCGGUCCCUUAACAUUCUGUCACAUUCUCUUCUCCUCUUUCCCUUUCUCUCUCUAUAUCUAUACAUAUACCUCUACAUACACAUUUUUCAUAUAUAACAACACACACCGCAUCAUUACUCUACAAACCUCACAUUUACCACGAGCAAAUUUCGCAUCUCUCUUCUUCUUACUCUUUCAUUCACUCUAUCUCUUGCUUCAUUCCCAAUCCUCUUCAAACUUUCUCUUCAACAAAUUCUAUUCCCUUUCUUAAAUUCUGAAGGAACUUUACUUGACCUAGAGAAUUAGGUAUACUGAAUUUAGAAUUCCCUUGUUUGGGAGUGAGGUGAAUUGUGGUAUUUAGGUGUGUUAAGAUGGGGGAUCAUUUUGAUUUACUGGUUGAUCGGUUGCUUACGGAAUCAACGUUAGAGGCUGCGCUUGAAAGCAGAAAGCGGGCGAUGCAGGCUGCGUCUUCGGUGGUGAAUGACGCGGAGAUUGAUCUGUCUUUGUUGAAGAUGGGUCUGGAUAGUGUGAAAUGUUCAGGGAAGAUGGUGGAAUGUAGGAUAUGUCAUGAUGAUGAUGAUGAUUCGAAUAUGGAGACACCUUGUUCCUGUUGUGGUAGUUUGAAGUAUGCACACCGAAGAUGUAUACAACGGUGGUGUAAUGAGAAGGGUGACACAACCUGUGAGAUAUGCCACCAGCCAUUCAAACCUGAUUAUACAGCUCCUCCUCCACUAUUUCAAUUUGGACGUAUUCCAAUGAGUUUCAGGGGAAAUUGGGAAAUUUCACGAAGAGACUUAAAUAGUACUCAUUUAGUUAGCAUGGUUCCCUCUGAUCAAAGCCUUAACACUUCUAACUAUGAUCAGUAUUCCGCCUCUUCUUCAGGAAGUUUGAUAUGCUGUCGUUCGGUUGCUAUCAUUUUCAUGGUUCUGCUGAUUUUAAGACAUACACUUCCCCUACUAAUUAGUGGAGCUCAAGACUUUUAUUUCCCGCUUUUCAUGGUGUUAUUAUUUCGGAGUGCUGGAAUUGUUGUACCUAUAUACUUCAUGAUUAGAGCAGUGGCACUAAUCCAGCGACAUCGGAGACAGCAUCGAGAGCAUCCUAGUGUCUUGGUAAGUUCAUCGGAUGAUGAAAUCGAGCCAGCAGGUUUGCAGCCUCAACCUCAUAUCAUGCAUUUAGUGUAAAAACACUGUAAAUGAAGUAAGAAAAGCUUCAGUUCUAAGCUGUUGCUGCAAUCCUUCUGAUUUAUGAUGGAAAUUGGCGGAGACGAUUCUUUGACAAACUUGAUUUUGCUGAAUGAAGAUAAAUUCUUCUAUUCUGCGACAGGCCGGUGUCAUAGCUCAUGAAGGAAUUACAGGGUACUUUGGCGAGUCUUGGCAGCAGCUAGUUAUGCUUUUUUAAUCUUUUCUGUGUUUGGGUUCAAAUUGUUCACAUUCAAAACAAUAUCUUCAGGGUAUAGAUAAAAUUAUAUAAAGGAUUUUACUAACAUCUACAAUCUUGCACGAUAAAGAUCGUAAAUUGCCAACAUAAAGAAAGAUGGACAAUUGACGAUUCUUAUCGUGUGCAAGGUUUCACACGUUAGGCGGAUGCAAAUAUAUAUGUAGAAGAUACACGGGUAGAUAUUAACGAUGUAUGAACGGAUUUAUUGUAUAUGUUGCAAUGAAAAUUUAGUUACAUUUGUGAUUUUUUAGCAGCAUAGGAGUAGGAUCAAAGUGAUGUCUACUUUAUCGUUGUUUUUCA